AUGUACGACAUACUCGCUUCAGGCUUUCCCACCACUGCAGUCUCGGUUGUGAUGGAGACGCUCCAGUUUCAUCCAUACCUCACUGUCGCAGGCUUGCUGUUGGGUAUAUGGGGCUUGAAGCACAUCGGCGUGAAGAAGCCCAAUCCCAACCGCCUUCCCCGUCCUCCAGGUCCCAAGGGACUCCCCAUUCUGGGGGCCAUGUUGGAAGUGCCGUCAAUGAGCGAUAAACCGUGGCUGGCUUACGAUAAAAUGUUCAAGAAAUACGGCGAUAUGGUAUACUUCGAGGUUCUCGGCCAACCAUUUUUAGUUUUGGGAUCCUUGAAAAGAAUAAACGAUAUAGUAGACAAGAGAUCGUCAAAUUACUCGGGCAGAUUGAUCAUGCCUAUGUUGUCGUUAAUGGGUUGGGGUUACGCUAUACCACACAUGCCUUACGGGACUAUGUGGCGAAGGCACCGCCGUGAAAGAAACUCAAGCCUUACUCCGUCGGCUUCUCACGACACCGCAAAAUUUUAUGCAUCACAUCCGAGCACUUUUGCAUCGACUAUUAUGAGUGUCACUUAUGGCCUACCAGUCUCCGAAUCUGACGACCCCUAUAUCACUUUGGCUGAGGAGGCCCUGCAAGGCGCUGUUGAGGCUGGCAUUCCGGGGACUUUCUUGGUGGAUCUUCUCCCAUUCUUGAAAUAUGUGCCAAGCUGGUUUCCUGGUGCUGGUUUCAAGCGGAAGGCUGCUCACUAUGCCGCCAUACAUGCCAAAGUGGCCAAUCAACCCUUUAAAAUUGUAUAG